AUGAAGCAGCUGCAAGAUGAGAAGCGGAGGCUCGAGGCGGCAGCAGGGGCAGCGGCAGCAGCGGCGGCAGCGUCAGUCCCCUAUCCUGAGCCGGAGGCGGAGAAGGACCAUAUAGCGCCCAUCAUCGCAUGCGUCGAUGACACGAGCCGCAACAUCGGCGUUCGCGCCAGGGCGGGCUCCGGGAAAACACACUGCAUUGCCGUUACGGCGAAGCACGUGCGCGAUCGCAACAUGCGGCUCCUCGCGCUGACGCUGAACUGCGACGCGAGACGGGAGCUGGAGGAGCGCGACGUGCCGGAGGCGCGCACUUUUCACUCACUUGGUGCUAAGGCGUGGUACAAAGCGCACCGGAAGUCCACCCUGGCCGCGACGGCCGAGGAGCAGGAGGAGGCCGCCGAGGAGGCGGCGGCUGACGCCGAUGACUGCGCUGCAGACGAGGCGCGCGCAUACACCCCACGCGCCCUGUGCCGCACUGCGCCUGUGGAGAAUGCGUACGUGCCAAACAAGUCAAAGAUGCUGCUGCGGCUGAUGUACCCGAAGCCGGCGGAAGACACGUCGCGCUCCUCGCUGUCGCUCGAGGUGCAUCUCUUCGAGUCCUUCGUUGUGAAGAUGGUCUCGCUGGCCAAGAUGGAGGCGGGCAUCGAGCUGGUCCUCAAGAAGAGGCUCUCCAAGACGCGCACGGCGCAGGCGAAUGCGAGGUGGCCCACUGCAGUGUCGCGGCUUGAGGCGGGCCUGAGCAUGGCGCGCAAGUGUUUCGGCGCGAGCAUCCACUGCGCGCUGAACUCGGCGUGGGAGGCGCUGCCCGGAGAGGUGACGUGCGAGCUGGUUGUGUGCGAGCUUGGCAGCGGGAAGAAGGCCAAGCCGCUGCCGGUCCUCGAUUUCGACGACUUGUUGCACAUGCCCGUGCGGCAGGGGCUGUCGCUCGACCCUGGGCCGCCGCGUCGCUUGGGGCGUUUGCGUCGGCUGGACGGGCCGCUGCGGUGGGUCUUGGCUGACGAGACGCAGGACAACUCCCGCAUCCGGCAGCUGAUGUUGCAGCGGCUAGCGUUGUACGGGUGGGCCUUUGCGAUGGAAGACGCGCUCGAGACGCUCUUCGAGACGUUUGACUGCAAGGUGUACAGCCUCCCCAUCUGCCGCCGCUGCCCGGAAAGCCACAUCAAGCUCGCCAACACCGUCAUCGACAACGCCACCAACGGCGCGGGCGAGGACAGGCGGCGCGGCAUCGACCAGAUGGAGAGCUUGGACGAGGUCGAGUCGGCGCUGCACAGCCACGUGGCUGCGGAGGAGGGUCGCGGCGUCGAGUACGCUCUGAGCGACCUUGCCGAGUGCAUCCGGCUGCUCAUCGGCCGCGUGCGGGAGGACAGCAGCCACGCCGACGAGGCGGCGAGGCUCAAGGCGUUGCGCGAGGCGGUGCGGCCUCCGGUGGAGCUCGCGACUGUGCACAAGGCAAAGGGCCUUGGCUGGCCCGUCGUCUACUUGCUCGAGCCGUCCGAGAUCCCGUUUGAAUUUGCGCUCGAGCAGGGCGGCUGGCAGGCGCGGCAGGAGCUCAACGUGCAAUACGUGGCGUACACGCGCGCCGAGCAGACCCUCAUUUUCCUGCGCGAUGCCACGCCGCAGCCCAAGCCGGAGGGCUUCUCUCUUCGCGACGCCCUCGCCACCACGCUAUGGCCGGAGGGACAGGGCGGGGCGGGCGGGCAGGGUGCGGCUGCUGCGGGCGCUGCCAACCAUGCCCACCCUCGCGACCGGUACGAGUGGAGCGCCGAAGGCGCGUUUCAUGAGUACCGCAGCUCCCACCAGCAGCGCGCGGCGAAUGACGCCGCAGAGGAGCAUGCCGAGGAGGCGCUGGCCACGGCCCGCGAUGUGCUGGGGCUACCCCCGCCGCCCACCGCUCUGAGCGAGGCGCAGGUGGACCGAGCGUACAAGGACCAGGCCAGGAAGCUGCAUCCGGAUCGCUGCGACGCGGCGGACGCGACCAAGCGGAUGCAGGAGGUGGUCGCGGCGCGGGAUGUUCUGAAGGAUUAUCUCCAGCGGGAGUUCGCGCCCGAUGAGGUGGUGUAA